AUGGCGACAAUCAACAUCACAGACUCCAAGCUGUCGUUCACCUAUGAACAGGUCUACAGAGUGGACUUUGAUGCUACCACUUUGUCUAAAAUUGUGGCAGCAGUUCUAAUGUCUCUGUUUUUUGUUUACAUAAACUGCAUCAUGCUUUUUGCUUUAUGGAGCAAGUCAAUAUUUCAUGAAACCCCCCGGUACAUUCUCUUUGCCCAUAUGCUUCUCAAUGAUUCAAUUCUUCUUCUGAUCACAACUAUAAUGUAUGCCAUGUCUCUUGCCAUUGCCAAUGUAGCCCGAGUUAUUUGCUCACUGUUAGUGUUGAUCUCCUCUUGCACGUUCCAGAAUGCACCUUUGACACUGGCUCUGAUGUCUCUAGAGCGCUAUGUGGCUAUUUGCUACCCUCUGAGGCACUGCACUAUUGCUACACAGAAAAGCACAGGGAUUGCUUUAGGAAUUAUUUGGUUCAUCAGCUCAGUGAAUAUUGUAUCAGACAUCAUGUAUGACUUAGUCACUGAUCCAAGCCAGUUACUUAGGAUCACAUUUUGCACGAGAGAGAAACUUUUUGUGGCCAAAUGGCAGGCCGAUAAGACUCAAGGAUUUGAUAUUCUCUUUUUUGUGUCAGUCAGUGUGGUCAUCCUUUUCACUUAUGUCGCCAUUAUGAUAACAGCCAAGUCUCUUUCCUCUAAUAAAGAAUCUGCUACAAAAGCCCACAAGACUGUGCUGCUGCAUCUCAUUCAGUUAGGCCUGUGCCUCACCUCUUUUCUGUAUGCCACCAUAGAACGAACACUUUAUAUGAUGACUGGAAACAGUAGCUCACUUUUCAUACACUUACGCUAUCUAAACUUUCUCAUUGUCUUGAUUCUCCCACGGUGCCUGAGCCCGCUCAUCUAUGGUCUCAGAGAUGACGCAGUGCGGCCCUUAUUCAAAUAUUAUUUUUGUUAUCGAAGUCACAAAGUAAUGCCUGUAGUCAAUGUUGUUUGA